AUGACCGCGAGCAAGUCGUUCAUCGUCGUCGUGGCGAUGCUGUGCCUGAUGGCCACGGUCGCCCUGGCCCACCGCCCGAGCCCCAGCCCCAGCCCGAGCCCCAAGCCCACCGUGUUCGUCUUCACCGACGUCAACACGGACGACUUCAUGGCGCUCAAGCUCAUCCUCAAGUACUCCAACGUCAAAGUGGGCGGGUUUGUCGCCGGCUGCGCGGGCUUCUGCAACAUGGGUCCGGGCAUCCAGAACCUGUUCGGCCUGCUCAAGUUCAUGGACCGCGACGACGUGCCCGUGUGGGCCGGCGAGGCCUACGCCUCGACCGAGAUCGAUUCGGGCAACUACUCGUGCACCUUCCAGAAGACCCGCAACUACUACCCGGGCUUCCCCCAGGUCUACGAGCCCCUCCGCGCCGCCAUCGCCGCCCUCGACGGCCCCGUCGAGUUCCUCUCCCUGGGCACCCUCACCGAGAUCGACUACCUCUUCCGCCGCUACCCCGACCUCAAGCAGCGCGUGCGCCGCAUCACCAUCAUGGGCGGCGCCGUCCACGUCCCCGGCAACCUCUUCUUCCCCCGCGGCAGCGCACCCAACACUGUGGCCGAGUGCAACAUCUACCUCGACCCCCACUCGGCCCGCAACGUGUUCGUGUCGGGCGUGCCCAUCCGGCUCGUGCCGCUCGACGCCACCAACGCCUUCCAGCUGUCGUGGGAGUUCCUGAACGAGUUCGACGACGUGGCGCGCACCAAGGAGGCCAAGUUCGUGAAGGACCUGCUCAUCCUGAUCAAGAACAACUCGGCGGCGACGUCGAUGUACUCGCUGUGGGACCCGCUGACGGCCGCCAUCCUGGCCGACCACUCGAUCAUCUUCGAGGAGGAGACGGUCAACAUGACGGUGGUCACCUCGGGCUCGCAGGCCGGCCGCACCGUGAUCGACAACGUCGAGGGCAAGCCCGUCCAGGUGGUCCUCACCGCCGACCCCGACUUCUACGACAUCUUCAUCGACAAGCUCAACAGGCGACGCCGCUGGUAG